AUGCGUCAAUGCUGGCAUCUUGUUAACUUUGAUAAAUGGACUACGGUACUUCCGAGAGGCGCCAAAACAUGUCAGUUUAUAACGUCUUUAGACGGAGCCGAAGUAUUAGGUUCACUGGCGGUGCCCGACUUGAAUGGCGCUCUAUCACCCGAGUCAGAGCUUGCCAGAUCACGGGAACACAACCUUGCUAGCCGUCUAGUGACUCUUCCACAGGAAAUCUUUGACGACAUUGUCGCCGAGUUACCCGAUGCUGAGUACGUGCUAAGCCUAGCAUUAACGUGCUCCUACUUAUGGAGAGUCCUUCUGCCAAACGUAAAAGGAGCAAUUAUAGCUAUCGAAGCACCAUGGGCCGGCGACCGCCUGAUCUUUGUUGGAGAUUAUGCUCGGGGGUUCCCUCCGAACUGCAAAGACUACGAAAAUGGGAAUAUGCCUGAAAGAGAAAUGGAUCCUGGAGACGGGGUUGAUGCGGAAAUGGUAAACGAAAAUCCAUUAUAUUUCGGUAUCAACAGGUGUAUACUCCCGCGCUGGCCCUCUCUAGAAGUGGUAAUGAAAGAUCAAGCUUGGGAUUGCCCCGACAUACAACUUCUCCUACGUCUAGUGACUAUGCUUCGGAGUCAUCCAGGCUCUAAGCGGCCUGGAGUUUUGCGGAAUUUGACGAAGCAGCAAUACGUUUUGGAUUCAAAGCUUGCAGAGUCUAAGUACCCCUAUAGUCUAGUUGAAGCCAUAGUAGUCCGAACUCAAUGGACUGAGAGUGCUGCUGAUGGUCUGGAUGAUUGGGUAGGAGAUCGCUUCGAUAUUCGAAGCAUUGAGCAUGUUCCAGAGGGAUGGACUGAUGUCAGCGAUGAGGCAAUCGACCUCAUAGGCAAUGCAGCAAUCCGAUCCCUUAGGAUCCUAGACCUUGAAGACUGGGAGCUAACUAGUUAUCAAGUAGAGCUAACUAGUUAUCAAGCAGAGCAUUCACGGGCGUGGAUUAAAUAG